CGGUUCGCCCACCUUGCAGACGUGCACCUGGGGUUCCAAAAGUUUGACAGCCUCAAAAAGAUCGAGCAGGACGCGUUUGAGGGCAUAGUCUCCCAGUGCAUAUCCAGAAGGGUGGACUUUGUGCUGGUAUGCGGCGACCUGUUCCACGUGAACAUCCCAGACAUGGGGACAAACACGUUUGCCUUUGAGCAGUUCCGCCGGCUAAAGGAGUCCGGAAUUCCGGUCUACGCGGUGUACGGCAGCCACGACUUCUCCCCCGUCUCAAAGUCCAUAAUCGAUCUGCUCCAGGCGGCAGGCCUGAUUACCAAGGUCACAAUUCCGGAGGGCGCCAGCGGCAAGACAAGACUCGGGUUCAUAACCGAUCCCAAAACCGGCGCAAAGAUUACGGGGCUUCCAGGCCUCAAGGCCGGAAGGGAGAAGGACCUUUAUGAGAACCUCGACAGGGAGGCCCUCAAAGCCGAAGAGGGCUUUAAGAUAUUCCUGUUUCACGGGGCCAUAAGCGAGCUCGUCUCCGAUACCCACGGCGACAGCAUGGCUCUCUCCCUGCUUCCGCCGGGGUUUGAGUAUUACGCCGGAGGCCACCUGCACAAAUACACACCCAGGGAGUAUCCUGACUAUCCCCACGUAAUCUAUCCCGGGACGCCGUUCUGCGGAUAUCACAGUGACCUGGAGUACAACGCCCGGGGAGAAAAGCGCGGAUUUGUCCUAGUUGACUUUGAUGACAGGGUAACAGACGUGAAGUUUGUGGUGAUUGAAAACGCAAAGUACGAGAUCAUAGACACGAGCUGCAAUAACAGAAACUCGAUCCGCGUUGAUGCCGAACUGCGCGACUGUGCAAAAAACAUCAACCCGCAGGGCAAGAUCAUCAUAAUAAAGCUUGCAGGCGAGCUCAGCACGGGAAAGACCGCAGAUAUUGACACCGCGGCUGUAAAGGGCGGGCUGAUGGAGGCAGGUGCGUUGGCCGUGAACAUCCACAAAAACCAGCUGACAUCCAAAGAGUACAACAUAACCGGGGUAAAGGGAAAGAACCGGGAAGAGAUCACGCACAACAUAUUCGCAGAGAACAUCGGAGAGGUAAUAACCCGCCAAGAGGAGCUUGCAGGCGAGUCCGGGGUGUCGCUGGCAAAAAGACUGCUUGAGGAGCUGGCGCAGCCCAAACAGGACAACGAGAAGAAGCGGGAGUAUGAGGAGCGAGUCGACAGCAGGGCACUAGGCGCGAUGGAGAUAGACAUCAAUGAUUCUUAA